AGCACGCGCUACUGCCUCGUCACCGACCUGGCAAACUUACCUGGUCUGAACAAGAGUACGCCAGCUCAAGUCUAUUCAAACCGCAUCUUGCCUCUGUCACCGCGCGUCCAUCGUCGCUGGUGAUGUGAGAGAGCCGUCACAAUGGCGAUUCACUAUCUGAUUCUAUUGUCCCGUCAGGGGAAAGUGCGUCUUGCCAAGUGGUUUACCACGCUGUCCCCCAAGGACAAGGCCAAGAUCGUCAAGGACGUCUCACAGCUGGUCCUCGCUCGAAGAACACGCAUGUGCAACUUUCUGGAGUACAAAGACACCAAAAUUGUAUAUCGACGAUACGCCUCGCUCUUCUUCAUUGCAGGAUGCUCCUCCGAGGACAACGAGCUGAUUACGCUUGAAAUCAUCCACCGAUACGUCGAGCAGAUGGACAAGUACUACGGCAACGUGUGCGAGCUCGACAUCAUCUUUUCCUUCACCAAGGCAUACUACAUCCUCGACGAACUGCUUCUUGCCGGAGAGCUACAGGAGAGCAGCAAAAAGAACGUGCUGCGCUGUAUCGGACAGCAGGAUUCACUCGAAGACAUGGAGGUCGAAGACGAGGUCACCAAGAUUCUGUAAAUUGCGUGCAUGCGACGUGGGUACACGAGCGCGCAGCCUUUUGGACGAGCGAUCCGUUCCCGCCGACCGGCCCGUCAUCCACCACUUACCACACAUGAAAAGCCCCCUAUCGUCCCACCAGCUACUUGGAGUCGUCAAGGCGCAAGAGUUGAGAUGGAUUUGAUAGUUAACAAUUGGCGUUGCAGGGCGAGCAAAUUACAGAGAAGCUUCGCGAAGUGGGGAUUCUUUGAUACACAAGUCUCAGAAUACUGAGCAUCUCUUCGAUGGGAAGAGAGGACACAUUGGGGAGAAGGAGAUGGGGGUUGCUGAAUGUGGAUGUGCUGGGAGAGAGAGAGAAUAUCGCGUUAUUUUUCUUUGUGUUUAUAGAUCUUGGAGGAUGGAAAACCAUCCUCUCCCGUGUCAAGAGAAAACAGAGGCAUCAAGGGUCCCCGGAGUCGGCGGACGGUGUUUGCCGGCAAUCAUGGGCAAGGGCCAUGACUUGGCCAUUCAGUUGUGGUGUGAAUCUAAUAUAUACCAGGAGACAAGGAGAAGGAGCCAAAGCAUCGAAGCCAAUUCAAGAAGAUUUCCAC